CCCCGCGCCCCGCCGCGCCCCGGCCCGUCCCCGCCGCCAUGGGGCCCCGGCUCGGCCUCUGGCUGCUGCUGCUGCCGCCCUGGACGCUGCUGAUCCCCCAGCGCCAGGGCCUCGCCGCCGCCAAGGGUGCUUAUGGCUGUGCUGGCUCCGGCUGUGGGAAAUGUGACUGUCAAGGCGUGAAGGGACAGAAGGGUGAGAGGGGCCUCCCCGGAUUACAAGGUGUCAUAGGAUUUCCUGGCAUGCAGGGCCCCGAAGGGCCAGUGGGACCCCCAGGACAGAAGGGUGAUCCAGGAGAACCCGGACUUCCCGGAACCAAAGGGACCAGGGGUGCCCCUGGCAUGGCUGGAUUCCCCGGAACCCCAGGCCUUCCGGGCAUCCCUGGUCAAGAUGGCCCACCCGGACCCCAGGGAAUCCCAGGAUGUAAUGGGACAAAGGGUGAACGAGGACCCCUGGGCCCUCCAGGUCUGCCCGGCUUCAUGGGGAACCCUGGACCCCCGGGUAUCCCCGGAAUGAAGGGGGAUCCAGGAGAAAUUCUGGGCCACAUUCCCGGGACGCUGUUGAAGGGCGAGCGUGGCUAUCCAGGACCCCCCGGAACACCUGGCUCUCCAGGACUCCCAGGACUACAAGGACCCGUGGGCCCACCUGGAUUUCAAGGACCCCCCGGUCCCCCAGGCCCCCCUGGCCCGCCCGGUGAGAAGGGUCAGAUGGGCCUCAGCUUCCAAGGACCAAAAGGGGAGAAGGGAGACCAAGGAGUGACAGGACCCCCAGGGGUCCCUGGCCAGGCUCAGGUGAAGGAGAAGGGAGAGAUUGCUACUAAAGGAGAUAAGGGUGAAAAAGGCGAUCCUGGGUUCCAGGGCAUACCAGGCUUCGGGGAAAAAGGUGAACCUGGAAAACCAGGGCCCCGAGGCAAGCCAGGAAAGGAUGGCGAGAAAGGGGAGCGAGGGUCACCGGGAUUUCCUGGAGAAAGCGGCUUCCCGGGACUACCAGGCCGAGAGGGACAGAAGGGAGACAAAGGCGACGCUGGACCCCCAGGCCCCCCUGGAAUUGUCAUUGGCACCGGGCCGCUGGGCGAGAAAGGAGAACAGGGCUACCCUGGGACUCCUGGGCUUAGAGGUGAACCAGGACCCAAAGGCUUCCCAGGACAGCGAGGACUCCCUGGCCCCCCAGGCGUCCCCAUCCCAGGCCACGUUGGCGCUCCCGGCAUCCCUGGAGACCGAGGCGAGAAAGGCGAUCAGGGGCCGCCGGGCGUGUCGUUACCAGGACCAAGUGGAAAGGACGGGCUCCAGGGUCCUCCUGGGCCCCCCGGCCCCCCAGGGCAGCCAGGCCACACCAAUGGAAUCGUAGAGUGCCAGCCUGGACCACGGGGCGAUCAGGGCCCCCCUGGAGCCCCGGGCCAGCCCGGGCUGAGUGGUGAAGUGGGUGAGAAAGGUCAGAAAGGAGAGGGCUGCCUGACUUGUGACCUCACAGGACUUCGGGGACCCCCUGGGCCACAGGGACCCCCAGGAGAAAUCGGUUUCCCGGGACAGCCAGGAGCCAAGGGUGAUCGCGGAGCACCUGGCCGAAACGGUCUGGAAGGCCUGCCUGGACCCCCAGGUGUACCUGGGCUGAUGGGCCAGCCUGGAGCCAAGGGAGAACCCGGCGAGAUUUAUCUAGACAUGCGGCUCAAAGGCGACAAGGGAGACCCCGGAUUCCCAGGACAGCCUGGCAUGCCGGGCAGAGCAGGGUCUCCGGGAAGAGACGGCCAGCCGGGACUCCCCGGCCCCAAAGGCUCCCCGGGCACCGUGGGUCUGAAAGGCGAGCGUGGCCCUCCAGGAGGCGUGGGCUUCCCCGGCAGCCGUGGGGACACCGGCCCCCCAGGCCUCCCAGGCUUUGGUCCCAUCGGCCCCAUCGGUGACAAAGGACAAGCCGGCUUCCCGGGGAACCCUGGUGCCCCGGGGCUGCCAGGUCCCAAGGGGGAAGCAGGAAAAGUGGUCCCCUUGCCUGGCCCCCCUGGAUCAGCUGGGCUCCCUGGCUCUCCCGGCUUCCAAGGACCCCAAGGUGACCGGGGUUUCCCCGGGACCCCGGGAAGACCGGGCGUUCCUGGAGAGAAAGGCUCCGUUGGUCAGCCUGGCAUCGGCUUCCCUGGACCUCCAGGGCCCAAAGGCGUGGAUGGCUUACCUGGAGAAGCAGGCCCCCCAGGGCUGCCUGGCCGCCAGGGCUUCAACGGCUUACCUGGUAGUCCUGGUGUUCCAGGGCCCAAGGGGGAGCCCGGGGUAGGACAGCCUGGCCUCAAAGGACUGCCCGGCCUUCCUGGCAUCCCCGGGACGCCCGGAGAGAAGGGGAACAUUGGGGGACCUGGAGUCCCCGGCGAGAAUGGAGCCAUCGGCCCCCCUGGCCUCCAGGGUAACCGAGGUGACCCAGGACCUCCCGGAUUACCGGGACCCAAAGGCUCUCCCGGAGUCCCUGGCACUGGCCCCCCUGGAGCGAUGGGCCCCCCUGGAGGACAGGGACCCCCGGGAUCCUCAGGCCCUCCUGGAGUCAAAGGCGAGAAAGGAUUUCCGGGGUUCCCCGGCCCCGGCACGCAGGGCCCCAAAGGCGACAAAGGAUCUCAGGGGCUGCCCGGUCUCACCGGCCAGCUGGGGCUCCCUGGCCUUCCUGGCCAGCAGGGCACACCUGGGCUUCCUGGAUUUCCAGGCGCCAAAGGAGAGAUGGGUGUCAUGGGGACCCCGGGGCAGCCGGGCCCGCCGGGCUCAUCGGGCUCCCCAGGACUGCCCGGCCUGAAAGGGGACUUGGGCUUGCCUGGCUCUUCGGGGCCCAGGGGAGAACCUGGCUUCAAAGGGGAUAAAGGUGACACCGGUCUCCCCGGGAAGCCUGGCACCAUGGACCACUUGGAUAUGGGCACCAUGAAGGGGCAGAAGGGCGACCAGGGUGAGAAAGGACAAAUCGGACCCACUGGUGACAAGGGGUCCCGGGGCGACCCGGGGACUCCCGGAGUCCCAGGAAAGGAUGGCCUGAUCGGUCAGCCAGGGCAGCCAGGCCCUAAAGGUGACCCUGGCAUCGGUGGGAGCCCUGGAGCCCCAGGACUUCCUGGCCCCAAAGGAGCGAUUGGCGGAAUGGGAAUGCCAGGAUCUCCUGGAGAGAAGGGGGUGCCCGGGAUCCCCGGCCCUCAGGGCAUGCCCGGCGUGCCUGGGGAGAAGGGUACCAAGGGCGAGAAGGGCCAGGCAGGGCUGCCUGGUGUCGGCAUUCCAGGGCGGCCUGGGGACAAGGGAGACCAGGGCUUGGCUGGCUUCCCAGGAAGUCCCGGCGAGAAGGGAGAGAAAGGAAGUGCUGGUAUCCCAGGAAUGCCUGGUUCCCCCGGGCCCAAGGGCCUGCCGGGCACGGCCGGCUACCCAGGGAGCCCCGGGCUGCCCGGGGAGAAAGGAGACAAGGGCCUCCCAGGCCUGGAUGGCAUCCAAGGCGUGAAAGGAGAAGCAGGUGUCCCUGGCAGACCCGGCCCCACUGGCCCCGCCGGCCAGAAGGGUGAACCUGGCAGUGACGGAUUUCCAGGGUCAGCGGGGGAGAAGGGCGAGCCAGGCCUUCCCGGAAGAGGCAUGCCAGGCUUCCCCGGCUCCAAGGGCGAGAAAGGUUCUAAAGGCGAAGUGGGCAUCCCAGGACUGGCCGGGAGUCCAGGAAUCCCCGGACCGAAGGGAGAGCAAGGAUUCAUGGGCCCCCCAGGGCCCCAAGGGCAGCCAGGACUCCCCGGAGCUCCAGGCCAUGCCAUGGAAGGUCCCAAAGGGGACCGUGGCCCCCAGGGACAGCCUGGACUGCCAGGCAUGCCGGGUCCCAUGGGUCCUCCUGGACUCCCUGGACUGGACGGCCUGAAAGGGGACAGAGGAAACCCUGGCUGGCCUGGCACACCCGGUGCCCCAGGACCCAAAGGAGACCCAGGAUUCCAGGGCAUGCCGGGUAUCGGCGGCUCUCCCGGGCUCACAGGCUCUAAGGGAGACAUUGGGCCUCCCGGUGUCCCAGGGUUCCAAGGUCAGAAGGGGCUUCCCGGCCUCCAGGGACUCAAGGGCGAGCCCGGAGAUCAAGGCUUCCCCGGAGAAAAAGGUCUCCCUGGGCCGCCCGGCCCACCUGGCCCCUACGACGUCAUCAAAGGGGAGCCAGGAAUCCCUGGCCCCGAGGGUCCUGCUGGUCUGAAAGGGCUUCAAGGACCGCCUGGCCCCAAAGGACAGCAAGGUGUCACUGGGUCAGUAGGCUUGCCUGGAUCACCGGGCAGCCCUGGGUUUGAUGGCGCCCCCGGACUGAAAGGAGAGCCAGGACCCUUCGGGCCCACUGGUCCACGAGGGUUUCCAGGCCCUCCUGGCCCUGAUGGGCUGCCGGGCUCCAUGGGCCCCCCAGGGACCCCGUCGGUGGACCAUGGCUUCCUGGUAACCAGACACAGCCAGACGGUGGACGAGCCUCAGUGCCCUCCGGGCACGAAGAUCCUCUACCACGGCUACUCUCUGCUCUAUGUGCAGGGCAACGAGCGUGCCCAUGGGCAGGACCUGGGCACUGCGGGGAGCUGUCUACGCAAGUUCAGCACCAUGCCCUUCCUCUUCUGCAACAUCAACAACGUCUGCAACUUCGCGUCCCGCAAUGACUAUUCCUACUGGCUGUCCACGCCUGAGCCCAUGCCCAUGUCUAUGGCACCCAUCACCGGUGAGAACAUCCGCCCAUUCAUCAGCAGGUGCUCAGUGUGCGAGGCCCCAGCCAUGGUGAUGGCCGUGCACAGUCAGACCAUCCAGAUCCCGCAGUGCCCGACUGGCUGGUCCUCGCUCUGGAUCGGCUACUCCUUUGUCAUGCACACCAGUGCGGGUGCUGAGGGUGCCGGCCAGGCGCUGGCGUCGCCCGGCUCGUGCCUGGAGGAGUUCCGCAGCUCGCCUUUCAUCGAGUGCCACGGCAGGGGCACCUGCAACUACUUCGCCAACUCCUACAGCUUCUGGCUCGCCACCAUCGAGAGGAAUGAGAUGUUCAAGAAACCCACGCCAUCCACACUCAAGGCGGGAGAGCUGCGCACGCACAUCAGCCGCUGUCAGGUGUGCAUGAGGAGGACUUAGCGCGGAGCACCCGCGUCCCACAUGGUGCUACCCUCCUCGCGUGGACCCCGCAGCCUUGUACCUCACCGUCUCAUCCUAAGAAGCCAUCGAGUGCCUUAGAGGGACCCCCCCCACUAACCCCCGCUUCCCUGCUCUCCUGCGGAGGGACGGACAGAACUCGCUCCCACCGAGGCUUUGUUGGGCCCGCGUGGGGCCCAGCCUGCCCGCUCCCCCGUCUUGUCGGUGCUGCCGCGGCCCGAGGGUCCACCAGAAGCGAAGGUGCUAGGAGACUCCGCUGGCGGGCCCCUCUGCUCUGGGCUCUGGGCAUGACUGCCAGCCCCAGGACUGUCUGUUUCCUGCGCUGUCCAGCCAUUUCCAAGGCCAGGUCUUCCCUGCCUGGCCCGUCCAAAUCACAGGGAUGCCAAUGUGGUGUUAGAACCUCCCAAGUAGAAAUAUCGGGCCAGUGGCCUGAGCCCCCAGCUCCCCUGGCCCCGACCACGUGAGGCCUUUCUGCCCUGUGUGGUGCUAUGUUGCUGCUUUGGCAGAAAUCACCAUCUGACCGUGGAGAAGCACGGCCCAAAUGUCCAAAUGUCGGCGGGAACGAAAGAAAUAUAUAUUUAUAUAUAUAUAUUUUAGUAACUUAUAUAGGUGCCAGCAACCAGGCAGGGCAGGGCAGGAUUCAGAUUUGUCUCCACCAUUGACAGAAGUCUCUCUAGCUCCCCCUCUCUCUUCCUGGAUCCUCCACUCGGGUUUCAAACGUGAAACAUCCCCUUUCAUCACUGACCUCCAAACCAAAAAAAAAAAUUGCAUCUUGCCAAAAGCGAACCCAGUUCGUGGCCAUGAUGUCUAUCAUGGUAAAUUGUGUACUUGGAGUGUAUGUUUUCAUUCGUGCUAAGUAUCUUCAGGGUUUUGAACACUAACCGCAAAUGGAAUGACUUGACUUCCUGGUGCCCGGAAAGGCCUUCGUCUGAGCGGUAUUGCUCGCUCUGCAGUCCGGUGUGGUAUCGGCUUCACCGGGCUGGAAUGUCUGUGUUUUCCCCAGAGGACACACAGGCAGUUCCCUGGGUUUCUGGGGAGCUGUGUGCGAGGUCUGGAGGGGGGACAGAUGGGUCCCAGGAGAGCAGAUUCGGACCACUAUGCCUUAAAUGACAUUUCACUAAAAGCCUUCAAAAUCUUUUUCAAGACUACUAAGGCCUUCUCUGUAAUUUCCUUAAAUGUGUAUUUCUUUAAAAAUGCAAAUUUGUAAUAAAACUAUUUGUAUAAAAAUCAGCUUUUAUGAAUUUGUUGCCAGUGUGGCCCCAGAGCAUUGAAGCGACGCUACUGCACAAACCACUAAUAAAGUUGCAAGCUUUCCGUGCCUUAGAUGAAA